GGACGCACAGUCUCGUCUCACUCACUCCACAUCAGCAUGUCCCGGGCAGCGGCCAUCGCCAGCUCCCUCAUCCGCCAGAAGCGUCAGGCGCGCGAGCGGGAGAAGGCGAACGCGUGCCGCGGCAGCAGCAGCCCGAGCAACAGCAAGGGCGCCAACGAGAAGCCGAGCAAGCUGAAUGUGUUCUCCCGCGUGAAACUGUUCGGAUCGAGGAAGAAACGGAAGAGGAAGCGACCUCCAGAGCCCCAGCUAAAGGGCAUUGUGACCAGGCUCUCCAGUCGACAGGGCUUCCAGCUGCAGAUGCAGCCUGAUGGCACCAUCGAUGGAACCAAGGAUGAAGACAGCACCUACGCUGUGUUCAACCUGAUCCCCGUGGGGCUUCGUGUUGUGGCCAUCCAGGGCGUCCAGACCAAACUCUACCUGGCGAUGAACAACGAGGGCUUCGUCUACACGUCUGAGCACUUCACCCCGGAGUGCAAGUUCAAGGAGUCGGUGUUUGAGAACUAUUACGUCACCUACUCGUCCAUGAUGUACCGGCAGCAGAACUCAGGCCGGGCAUGGUACCUGGGACUCAACAAGGAGGGGGCAAUCAUGAAGGGGAACCACGUCAAGAAGAACAAGGCUGCAGCACACUUCCUACCCAAACCACUCAAAGGCUUUGCAGAACAGCAGCGGAUCUUCGGUGGCGCGUCCCCGCAUGGAAGCUCUGUGGGCCGGCUAGAAGCUCCCGGGUUCAGGGUCCAGUUCUGUCCAGCCAAUCAGUGCCCGGCUUACACAGCACAAUGCUCCGUUUCUUAA